GUCAUUGUGUGUCCCUCCGCAGCUCAAGCGCAUCUCCUCCUCUCUCUCGGAUCGGCGACUUUAUUCCCUGGUGCUUCCGACGCGGUUUGCCGGUGCUGGAACCCCCCGAAUUCCUCUAGCGCGACCUCUAUAUCGUGUUUGGGCCUCCCCAACCCUCGGGAUCGAAUUAUGGUCGCGGCGCGUCACUAGCGACAAUCGACUCUGGGAUCCGUUUCAAUCGCUCAUUCGCGUGCGCGCGGCACGUCUCUCUCAUCAUGGCUGUCCCUUUCACGGACGACAAUAUCAAGGAGCUCAGGUUCCGGCUCGAAGAUGCGGCGAUGAAAUGCUCCGAACGCUGUCUAUACCAAUCUGCCAAAUGGGCUGCGGAAAUGCUGGAUUCCCUUCUUCCGAUUGACGCCUACGACACCGAUCCCGACUCUCCGAUGGACAUCCCCGAAGCUCCUUCGACCCCCCAGAACCCCUACCUCCGAACCCAAGAUCCCCCCGAAGCCGCGCUGGAAACGCAAGAAUCAUACAAGUACCUCCUGGCAAAAUCCUACUUCGAUACCCGCGAGUAUGACCGCUGCGCCGCGGUGUUUCUCCCCCCGACCAUCUCACCCGUCCCGCUUACUUCGUCCACGUCGCCGAACCCGAAGCCUAGACAGUCGUUGACACCUCAAAAGGGCAAGUCGAAGGCUUCCGCAUAUGCUGCUACCAAGGACAACAGCUUGACGAGGAAUCCAUACCCUAGACUCAGUCAGAAGUCGUUGUUCCUCGCCCUGUACGCCAAGUAUCUGGCGGGGGAGAAGCGCAAGGAUGAGGAGACUGAAAUGGUGCUGGGCCCGGCAGACGGGGGGUCGACGGUUAAUAAAGAGCUACCGGAUCUGGCGCGUGGUCUAGAAGGGUGGUUCGCCGAACGGCGGGAGAAGGAGGUAGAAGAUCGAAACCAGGGUUGGCUGGAGUAUCUCUAUGGCGUCAUUCUCCUCAAGGGCAGAAACGAAGACGAGGCCAAGAAGUGGCUCAUACGGAGCGUUCAUCUAAACCCGUUCCAUUGGGGGGCGUGGCAGGAACUGAAUGACCUCCUUGCAAGCACAGAAGAUUUGAACCAAGUGGUCAAACUUCUCCCUCUGAACAUCAUGACUCUCAUAUUCCGCGUAUACUGCAGCCAGGAGCUCUACCAAGCCACGUAUGACACCUACCAGUCGCUGUCGGAACUGGAGAACAUUUUCCCCGCGAGCGCUUUUCUAAAGACCCAGAGAGCGCUGCUAUGUUACCACUCCAAAGACUUCGAAGAAGCGUCAAGUAUAUUCACAGACAUCAUGGUCACCUCCCCGCACCGUCUCGACAGUCUGGACCACUACUCCAACAUCCUGUACGUGAUGGGCGCGCGCCCGCAGCUCGCCUUCGUCGCGCAAAUCGCAACCGCCACCGACAAAUUUCGCCCCGAAACCUGCUGCGUAGUCGGCAACUACUACUCGCUCAAAUCCGAGCACGAAAAAGCCGUCAUGUACUUCCGACGCGCCCUGACACUCGACCGCAACUUCCUCUCCGCCUGGACCCUGAUGGGCCACGAGUACAUCGAAAUGAAGAACACGCACGCGGCCAUCGAAUCCUACCGCCGCGCCGUCGACGUCAACCGCAAAGACUACCGCGCGUGGUACGGCCUCGGCCAAGCUUACGAAGUCCUGGACAUGUCCUUCUACGCCCUCUUCUACUACCAACGCGCUGCCGCCCUGCGCCCCUACGACCCCAAAAUGUGGCAGGCCGUCGGUUCCUGCUACGCCAAGAUGGGUCGGAUCGAACAAAGCAUCAAAGCGCUCAAACGCGCCCUCGUCGCAGGGUCCUACUACGCCGAAGACGCCUCCCAGGUCGGCAGCGUCACGGGCCACGAACGCAAGAUCCUCGACCCCGAGACCCUCCAUCAAAUCGCCACGCUGUACGAACGCCUCGGGGACGAGGAAGAAGCUUCGACUUAUAUGGAGCUCACCCUGCAGCAGGAAUCCGGCCAGCUUGUCCAGCAGGACGACGAGGACGCGUCGUCCGAUAUGGCCGACAACGACGAUGAUAGCCAGUCCGUCACGGAAGCGCAGUCGAGUUCUCGACGUGCCCGCAAGUCGUCGACGCAGAACGAUGACGAGGAGGAGGCCUGGCAUGGGACCGGUGUUACGGCGACGACGUCCAAGGCGAGACUGUGGCUUGCGAGAUGGUCGUUGAGGAAUGGCGAUCUGGAGCGUGCCGAUCAGUUGGCUGGUGAAUUGUGUCAGGAUGGGGUGGAGGUCGAGGAGGCGAAGGCUUUGAUGAGGGAUGUGAGGGCUAGGAGGGAAGGGGGUGAAUGAUUUUCUGUUCUUGUCUUGUUGAGCGUGAAGCCGUAAAGCGUAAAGCGUGUGUGGUCUGUGUGGUCUGUCUGUGUGUGUGUGUGUGUGUGUGUGUGUGUGUGUGUGUGUGUGCUUUGUACAUCAGCUUUCUUUUCUUCUUCCCUCGGGACUAGCGAGGCGUUUGUGGGUGGGCAUGAUGAUGAUCCCGGAUGUUUCAUAGAUAUCUUCUCGUACGUAACAUAUGUGAUUGUGGGGAGUUGAUGUGGUG